CGACCACCCGGUCCGCGUCGCCACCGGUUGGCUUUAAGGUCGAAACAGCAUAUGGUGCCAAUGUCCUUGGCAAAUCUUCUGAGAAUGCGCGCAGAGCUCGUCCAGUUCUUCGGAGUGUACCGCCGACGCUUGCAGAUAAGUGUCUGGCGUGCGAACAUCUUCAUCUGUGCUAUCGGCAACUUGAAACCAUCUUAUUCUCACGAGACCCGAUUUGGUUGUUUCAUCGCGUCGCCGAGCUCAAGGUGGCGGAUGUACUCGGCCGAUUUGCCAUGUUUUAGAUUAGAUUAGAUUCAAGAUCUCAGAUAAUCGAUUAUGUAAAAUUUGUUUGGCGAAAGGAUGGCGUGCUAAUCCCCCCGAUCUCUAGAAACUAUAAGAGCAGAUGUUAAAGCGGAAGAAAAUCAACGAACCCUAUCCUCCAUCCUCUCCAACACUUACUGAGCCAUGAGUGAAGCUGCCGCAACGUCAUCAACCUAUCCCAGUGUGUACUCUGGAGGAAACCCGCCCCAUGGCGGCGUUCUGAAGGACAUUGUCGCACGGGAUGAACCUAUCGCCGGCAAACUGUCCGAGGAAGCCUCUACUCUGGGAGAUGUUGUUCUGACCGAGCGUCAAAUGUGUGAUCUCGAGCUCAUUAUGAAUGGCGGAUUCAGUCCUCUGGAGGGGUUCAUGAACGAGGCAGAUUUCAACAGCGUCGUCGACAACCUCCGCCUUGCAGAUGGUGCCCUCUUCCCCAUGCCAAUCACUCUCGACGUCUCUCAAAAGACCAUCGACGCUCUGAAGCUCGCUGCUGGUGUUCGGAUCUGCCUGAGGGAUCCUCGUGAUGACCAGGCACUGGCCAUUCUGACGGUCGAUGAUGUCUACAAGCCGGACCAAGUGAAGGAGGCGGUCGCGAUCUUUGGAGCGGACGACCCCGCCCACCCUGCAGUCACUUAUCUGCGCAAGAGUGUGCACCCGUUCUACGUCGGAGGCAAGAUCCAGGCUAUUCGGGCUCCAACUCACUUCGACUAUGUUGCACUUCGCUUCACGCCCGCUGAACUGCGCGCUCACUUCAAGAAACUUGCUUGGCGUAAGGUUGUGGCGUUCCAGACGAGGAACCCCAUGCACCGAGCUCACCGAGAGCUGACCGUGCGAGCUGCUCGCCAGCGCCAAGCUAACGUGCUGAUACACCCGGUCGUCGGUCUCACCAAGCCAGGAGAUGUUGACGCCUUCACUCGAGUGCGGGUGUAUCAGAGCAUCAUGGAAAAGUACCCUAACGGAAUGGGACAUCUGGCUCUCCUGCCACUUGCGAUGCGGAUGGCUGGGCCCAGGGAGGCUGUCUGGCAUGCCAUCAUCCGCAAGAACUUCGGUGCGACUCACUUCAUCGUGGGCCGGGAUCAUGCAGGUCCUGGCAAAAACUCGCAAGGGAAGGAUUUCUACGGCCCUUACGAUGCGCAGGACCUUGUGACCAAGUAUCGCGACGAACUCCAAAUCGAGAUGGUUCCGUUCCAGCAGAUGAGUUACAUCCCUGCUUCGGAUGAAUACCAGCCCGUGGACGAGAUCCCCGCUGGGGUUAAGACCCUGGAUAUCUCAGGUACUGAGCUGCGCAGGCGCUUGAAGACCGGCGCUGCCAUCCCAGACUGGUUCAGCUACGAAUCGGUCGUCAAGACUCUCCGCGAGAGCUACCCGCCUAGACAGAAGCAGGGCUUCGUCCUCUUCUUCACUGGGCUGUACGGCUCGGGUAAAGAUGCCAUUAGCAAAGCGCUGCAGGUCACGCUGAACGAGCAGGGCGGCCGCAGCGUGUCUCUGCUCCUUGGCGAGACGGUGAGACAAGAGCUUUCGUCUGAGCUUGGGUUCUCCCACGAGGAUCGACACACCAACCUGCUUCGCAUCGGUUUCGUUGCUGCUGAGUUGGCCCGUGCCGGUGCUGCUGUGAUCGCCGCUCCCAUCGCCCCAUACGAGGCUUCUCGCCAAGCCGCCAAAGACACGAUUGUGUCGUCCGCCGGCGCUGGCGGCAACUACUACCUCAUCCAUGUCGCGACCCCUCUCGAGUACUGCGAGAAACAUGACCGGAAGGGUGUGUAUGCCAAGGCGCGCCGCGGUGAAAUCAAGGGCUUCACUGGUGUCGAUGACACGUACGAAGCACCCUCGAAGCCCGCCUUGUCAGUCGAUAUCAGCGUCCAGAGCAUCCCCGAGAUAGUGCAUAGCAUCGUUUUGCUUCUGGAGAAGGACGGUCUGUUGUAGAAUAUAUUUAAUAUUGCUAGAAUCUUGUAGAAAUCCAUGAAUAUUUGUUUUAUCGAUUACGAACACCGUCAGAGGCUUUGAAAUAGCAUUAAUCGGCUGAUAAGUGGCAAAGACGAGGAAGACGAGGAUCGAAUUGUGACUCGUCACGUAGUCCCGUGACACUGUAUCCUUCCACUCACCAUGAACUCAUCUAAGUCCAAACUUUCUGCUUUCUUUGAACAGGAAGACGACGAGCCAUCGUUACCCGUGCGAUGAACAGCAGCCAUUCCCAUCUAAUCAACGAUGCUUACCACGGACCUACUAGCCCAGCACAAGCAGUGCCGGCCACGCCGCCCCCCAUUCCAAGCCCCCGCCUGGUCUAGAUGACGCAAAAGUAUCGCAGUUCAUGCACGCGGGAACUGUAAAGAAGUCGCGCAGGGAGAAGGAGCAAGAGGCGGCUGAGGCGAAGAAGAAAGAGGAGGAAGCGAGCGCUGCCAAGGCUUACGCCGAGUUUUUGGAUGAAUUCGACGCGGACCGCGCCACGCGCGCGCAGGGCUUCGUCAGAGGUGAUUCGGGGGGUGCUGCGUAUAAUCCAAGCGGUGGGAGGUACGCGUCGGAUGUGUCGAGUUCGAGGAAUAGUGCAAGGCGUCGGUCCCCAUCCCCCGUGGCCGGCCCGCCUCGUCCGAGAGGGAAAAGAGCUAUGGAUGCCUUUCUUGAAGAAAUCAAGAGAGAUCAAGCUGAGCGUGAAGCCAAAUACGCUAAACAUUCGGGACCUGGCCGCUCGGCGACGGCUAUGGCAGCGUAUGAAGGGCAAAGCGGAAGCAAGGAUAGAGGAGAUCCUCAGACGACCAACCUCUUCGUUGCUAAUCUUCCUCAAAAUGUGACUGAACAGGGUCUUGGCGUCUUCUUCGCGCGAUGCGGACCAGUGGGCUCGGUCAAAAUAAUGUGGCCGAGGACAGAUAAUUCGACAGGUCCAGGUGCAGACAUGACAAGUACCCGACGAGCGAAAAGCACCGGCUUAAGCGGCUUUGUGUCUUUCCUGAAGCGCAAAGACGCAGAAGACGCUCUGCGAGAGACCGAUGGACUGGAGUGGGGAGGGUCCGUCCUUCGUGUCGGAUGGAGCAAAGCUGUUCCUGUUGCCCCAAGAGCAAUGUAUACGGCGUCCGCGGUCGAAAGUGGGCAUCAUCGUCGCAAUGAGCGACAUCGGAGCCGAAGCAGGACACCUUCACGCGAGCGUCGCCGUGGUCGCAGCCGCAGCCGGUCAGGCUCACGGCAGCCGUAUAGCCGAUCCCGGCGCAACAGCGACUCUCGCAGCCCAGCGGGGAUCCACGACGAUGAUGAUGAAGAUGAGGUGACGGACAUGUUCAUACGUGCUGUCGCAGCAGAAGUAAAAGGACAGGGCUCCAAGUUCGAAGCGAGUCUCAUAGAUCGGGAGCGGAACAAUGCGAAGUUCGCGUUUCUGGUGAAACGAACUCAUCGCAGACACGCAUUUUACCGAGGUCUCAUCGAGUCGGAGCGUCCUCUCGACCCGGAGUUCGACGAUGAGGGCUACAACUCUGUGUACUCAAGUGACUCUGAGGAAGAGUCUGAACGAGAACAGGGACGCAAGAAUGUGCUUGGCAAGCUGGCGCGAAAACGAUUCGAAGCAAUGCUGCGAGCUCUGUCUGGGAAACGCGGUGAAGUCGCUCGGUGCAUGGCAUUCAGUCUCGAGCACGCUGAAGCUGCGCACGAAGUCGCCGAUAUUAUCAUCGCAUCUCUGCUAGUUGAUUCUACCGCCGUUCCACGCAAAGUUGCGAGACUGCAUCUUAUCUGCGACAUUCUGAACAACUCUGCGGCGGCUGUUCCCAGUGCCUGGAAGUUCAGACAGGAGUUCCAGGCUCGAUUGGGCGUUGUCUUCGACCAUCUGGCAACAAUCUAUCACUCGUUUCCUGGCCGGAUCACUGCCGACAUGUUCAAGAAGCAAUUACAUCCGUGCUCGAUGUCUGGGAGGACUGGAUCGUGUUUCCCUCGGAUUUCAUUGCCCAGAUGAGGGCCAGACUGGAAGGCACCCCCAGCCAGGAGCAGCCGGUCGCAGAGAAGGAGAAGGCUGUGAUAUCGCCGAGCGUGGCUCCGAUGUCCCGUUUCAAGACGAGCACGUUCCAGUUGGCGGACGACAGUGCCCCUGCCGCUGAUGAUGUUGAUGGCGCUCCUCUUGGAGGUGACGAUGUGGAUGGGGUGCCCAUGGAUGACGUUGACGGACUGCCCAUGGACGAUGUUGAUGGGGUGCCGAUAGAUGAUGUUGAUGGGGUGCCCAUGGACGACAUCGACGGCGCGCCGUUGGAUGAUGACAUUGAUGGCGCGCUGAUUGACGAUGAUAUCGACGGCGCGCCGAUUGACGAUGUCGACGGUGAGCCAAUGGAGCUCGAAAACUAGUUGAUGUAUUGUAGAUCAGCGCUUGGACGAUUUGUACCAUGCUUUCAAAUCUUCCAAUCCGAAUUCUGCAUCCACGUCCACAUCCGAUUCUGGCUCGACCAUAGCUUGCAGUGGCUCCUGGUAGUCGGCGAGGGCCUGUCUCAACUGGGCGACGACUUUUCGCUCUAGAUCGGCUGCUAUUUUAUCGGGAAGCCAAUGGGGCAUGACCCAAUCUGACUGUGUUUCGUUGGCAUAUCCGAGCAGAGAGAAGGCCGGCGGCCUCGCCGUGCGGGCCGGUUUGUAGUGGGCUCCCAGCUCGUGGCUCAGUAUGCGACACAAUGCGCAACAGGCCGUUGAAAGCGAGAUUGGGAUCGUAUCGGUGGUCGGGAAGUGAGUCUGCUUCAGACUCAGCCUGGGGCUGUGACGCAUGGAAGCUGUGGACCCACAUAAUCAAACACCUCGAAGGCAGAUUUCAUGCAUUCGGGCUCGGGGACGGACGCAUGCAAAGUCUCGCGCUGGACACAGAGCAGAGACGAUGCCAACGCUGCAGCCUCGCAAUGGACUCGGCCUUGCAGAUGAUGCUCGCUCUCCUGACAGAUGCUGUGCAGCAGUCUCUUCGCGGUGCCGACGCUUUUCUGGUCCCAGUCUGUGGAUUUCUGCCAUCGCCGCACCAGAUCGUCUGCAUCAACGCUUGGUUCGUUGGCGUUGACAGGUUUUUCAAUCGCAAGCUGCUCGACUGGCGACCGAGGGGGCGUGACCACUGUUAACGCGAUCCUCGUGUCUGGCUCAAAUACGUUUUCGAACAUCGUGAACAUAUGCCGGCUGGAGACCGAAAUUGGCACAAGGCCGCGAGGCGGCGGAGGAAAGUCCGGGUGGAUGGGCGCGACUCUUCGCUCAUCUCUCCCGCUGCGACAUGUGUUGGCAGUGGGAUACGCGAGUGCUGAGACAGACGCACUCACUUAGAAGGUCCGAAUUGCCCAUGUCGAUCAACCAUAUAUCCAAGUCGAUGUCGGGUUUCUCUUUUUGUGCUGACAGAAUGAUGAGUGUUCGAGCCUGAGUCAGUCCCGUGUGCCUCACCAAUCUGGGCAUGGACUGCGUCGUUGAAUGAAUCCAAUUCCAUCAAACACGGCUCGAGUGCUUUGAGCAACAUCAUCAGAGCCAACAAGCUCCGGUCGAGUCUCUUGACGUAUUCAGAUGGAACGCUCAGACCCUCGCUCCGAACUUGGCUCACCAAGUCCUUGACAUCGGUGAACAUCGCGUAGAUCUUGGCCACCCAUUUCCUUGCUUCGCUCUGCUUCCAUUCGAUCUUGUCUGUCUCCAGCAUCUUGCUCAGAGGUCCAUCCUGGGCCAGCGGAAUUCGUCGCUCUCUCGUUCUCAUCGCUUUCUUCGUGGGUGUCCAGUUCAGGAUCCGACUCCAGUCCCCGUACCAGGCUAGAAUGCAGCGGACGCGGGUCGUGAUCUUCGGCAGACAUUGCACGACGAUCCAUUGCGCGAACAGGGACGACCGCGGAUGGGGGAGCGAUGGCAGCCGGAUGAGCGCUGUGAGAAAACCCAGUAGUUGAUUGAGGUAGGAAACCAAGUCCACAGGUCUUUCGAUGUGCCCAUCGGACCGAUCCAAAAGUGCUUCUCUGGAAACUGGCUAUGUGAGAACUGCUGGCAUCCAGAGCAGACUUACAGUAUGCGGCACCCGCGUUCGAUCUGUGUUCUGUCAUUCCGCAGUGUUUGUGAGAACCCCAUAUCGACGAUUGAAGAGGACUGCUGAUAACAGUGUAAGAUGCGAUUCAGUCCGCAGGGCGACUGCUUCAUACCCCUGGAGUAGAAAGUAAAGAACUAAAGCAUCGAGACUUCAGAUUGAUCCUCCGCACUCGGUCGCAAGGCUCGGCUUACUGAGUGACUACAAUCGCAGAAAUCUCCUCAUGAGCCAUAACGGGACCAGGCACGACUGCAACAGCGUCUUUCUCCGAGUCAGAUCGGGCAAAACAUGUUACAAGGUGUGCGCAGAAACGCUCCAAUUUUGGAUCAGAGCAGUCCUUCGGUAGGGAUAAGCGGGACCUCUUGAUGCGUUUCUGUUCCUGAAGUGAGCGCAAGAGUCGAGACGCGUAGUAGACGCUCUGUAUCCGGUCUGCUUGUUGCUCCAUCGGGCAAAGCGUGUUUUAUCUAAUCGGUGAUGCUGAUGAUAACAUCAUUGAUCGUAUCCUAUUUUACUUGCGACCGCAAUGAGCCAUGCGACGACGACACCUCAUCCUGCUCCUCACAGCCGCCAUUCUAGGACUCCUCCUGCGCCCCCUGUUGAAACAGAUUCUAAAGCCUCCUGCCCAUUCCACCGAGCGACGCGUCCCCGACACUCGCGUGACAGUGCAUAGAGCGGAACCACCACCGCCGCUUCCUAUCCCACCGCACCCCGCGCUCGAAAACGCGGCUCCCGGAUGGCACGCAUUCAGGCCCCCGCCCAACAACACCUUCAAGCCGUUUGAGCUGUCCCAGGAACGCACUCCCGGGCAGAUCCUGCCCUGCUCAGAGGACUGGGUCGCCCACGGCAUCCCGUGCCCCGCCCCGCCGACGCGCCUGGACGUGGUGUGGACGUGGGUGAACGGGUCGGAUGCGCUGCUGGAGGGCAUCAAAGACGACGUCGCGCGUGCUGCCGAGGCUGCCAUGAACGUGAACCGCGGGCGGAUGAACCGCAUCCCGUUCUACGGUGUCACGACGAUGCAUUUCCGGGAUCAUGGGGAGAUGAGAUAUUCGAUGCGGUCGGUGCUGAAGAAUAUUCCACAUGAGAUCGCGGGGAAGUACACUAUCCUGACAGCGGACGUCAAAGCAGACGACACGGAUGAACUGAGGCUAGGUUCCAUUCCUACCUGGCUCAAUCUCGAUGCUGGUGUACGCGUCUUGCACCACUCGGACGUGUUUCGUGGCUCAUUCGAGCGGGAUGCGAUCGUUCCCUCGUUCAACAGCCUGGCGAUAGAAAGCCAGCUGUCAAACCUGCAAGACUCUGCACAAACCAUAUUCUACAUGAAUGACGACUGCUUCGUUCUGCGUCAGCUCUCUGGGGCCGAUUUCCAGACUCCGCUCUACGGGCCUGUGUUCCGAAUCCAGUUCGAUCUUGCUGUAGAGAGCAAAAGGCCCGGGUCGAUGCAGAUUGGGAUGGAAGGGGAGUGGCCGGCCCUCGAGUAUACCAAUUGGCUGUUAGACCAGCGAUUCGGCCCACAUAGACGACGAUACCUGCAUCACGUUUCAAAAGUACUUUCUACGCCGAUUCUCCACGAGGUGGCGAAUAUCUGGGCGGACGAAUUAGGCAAUGCUGCCAAGGCACGGUUUAGAGGACAAGGUCUUCAGGUCAAUCUGAUCUACCUCGUCACGUGGUACACCAUUGAGAUGCACCGAGAAACAUUACUGUAUUCCUUUAUCAUGCUGCAUGUCGAUGCAGACGGCGACGGCCAACUUUCAGAAGAGGAACGGGCGAUAUUGACUGCGGGGUUGGAUGCUUCUGGGGUCACGCGCAUACCAGCUGGUGAUCGGUCAAGCAAGAACGCGGAAUUCGUUGCUCAGAAUCUAGAGGCCGCGGGACUCGAGAGUCCCAGGGAGACAGAAUACAUUUGGCUUGCGGUGGAUGGAUACCCUCUCGUCUACCGGGAUCACGAAGAACACCGCACAAGACCAAAAGCCAACGGACCGCCCAGCAAGGGAGCAAACCAGGACUCGUUCUGCACCAUCAAGGAGGAUCUCUGCUUCCCCGCGGGAAAAAGCGCGCGUGAGAUGCUGAAACGGGUCGCUGUCGAAGAGCCGAGAUGCGGCGAUUGUCUGAUUCUGCACGUCCUGAGAAGCAGCCCGAGUCAGGGACUGGACAGCUUCUUGCCCAAGACACGCGGGCUGCCGAGGAGAGGGAUGCAUCUCAAUCUGGGUAAGAGCUGGGAUCAGGUCGAGUUUCCAUCCGGAUUGGGCCGCGAACACAUCGUCAAUCUGCUACAAAGAUACCACUACGCGAUCGGGGACUCCCCGAUCGCGUUUAUCUCUAUGCUCCGCCCGGAUGACAUGCGCAAGCUGCCUACGAAGGCCAGCCCCACCGCUUUUUUGGCCAUCAACGACGACCUGAAGAAUCCGGGAUCAGUGGCUGCUGCGGACCAGCGCCUGGAAGUUUGGUAUAAACUAAGGUUU